CUUUGUCUUACAUAUUUCCCAGUUGUCCAAAUAUAGUUGGAUAACUUAUUUGUUACUGACUGUGAUAAAAAUAGAAGGUACAGUGUACAGUUUACUACAGGUGUCAUUAAUUUUCUCAUUCUCUCAAAUGCAUUGAGUAACUACCAUAUAGCAAGCACUAUUCUAGGAACAGGUAGAUAAGAUUUAUUAGUGGAAAAUCACUUACCUAAAACCACAUCAUAUAACCAUGUUAAUGCACCUUGGUGUAUGAGAAACUUUCAACUACAAAUAUUUGAUUACCUUAAUUGCAAUUCUUAAGGGAGGCUAAGUAGAUGAAUAGCUGAAUAAAGUUAUUACUUGGAAAUGUUGCCAUGUAGCCACAGGAGCCAAUUUCAGUGCACACAUCUUAAGCAUCAGUGUACACAUUUAUAGGUCUUUGGUGUUUUGGCCAGCAGAACCCACCUGGGUUAUGGAAUCACACUGGUGUACGUGAUCGUGUUCGGGUAUGAACAUGCUCUGAUUUACAUUGAGUACUAAUUGAGCAUGUCUGUUUAAAUUAAAGUUCUGGAACUUAUGGUUAGGCCAGAACCUCAGGUUUGAACUUCUCCCCUAAAAUUCCUCUGGCUUCUCAUUAAAGCCGCUUUCAGAGAUACAAGUAAAGAAAGUCAAACAAAAGACUGUAGCAUGUUUUGUUUAACAUGUUUUGUUUAGCACUGUUUUUCUGGAGCUAUAUACGGUAAAUAUCUAGGGAGAGGUGGCAGAAGGACAAAAUUGUAGUAGUUUGAGGUUUCUUGGGGGAAAGUUGAAGCAUUAAAACAUGUUAGCAUCCUUAUAUGAACUUUAAACUAUGGAAGGAAGAGUCAGCAUUCCCUUUCAGGCAGCUGUUUAUCUAGCUUAGACUGCCUCAAGGCUGUGUAUUGCCCUUCAACUUUUCUUAUGCAUUAGAAAAAGAUCUAGAUGCAUUUGCCUUCAGCAGUGUGGUUCUGGUCUAAUACAUUGAUGACCACCCACUGUGCUGGGACAUCCAAGAGGUAUGUACCGUAAACUCUUUGGUCCUGCUAAUGUCUUUGGCAGAGGACAUAAAACCUCCUAAGAAAAGCUUUGUCUCUUUCCAGCCAAGGUUAACUAUUUGUAACAUGUCAUCUUUCAAGGAAGCAUCUAACCAAGAUUAAGUCAAAGGUAUCUACCAGGUCCUGAAUUCUCUCCCAGAUGCACACCUUUUAAGGUGCAAUCAGGUCAAGGAUGCAUUCCAGGAAAGUUCCAUAAAAAUAUACCAUCAACUCCAACCUGAUACUUGACCUAGCCGUGGAAAACCUCAUUGGCUCCUCACUAGAUCAGACCAUAAAAAUGAUUCAGGAAUGAAAAUCUAAGAUAAAUUCCCACCACUUCAAGAUGUUCUUAUACAAGUCAACAGUCUAGCAGAUCAGCUAGUCUCUUUCAUCAUCAAGCAGACAUACUCAAGUGCCAUUUAUAACAUUUUAAUCAAACUGGAACAAAUUGCUAUUAAAAUGGAUCAUUUCUUUAUUAAAAGAAAGAGGAAUAGUGAAGUGAAAUAUACAGAAGCAUGUUCAAGUUCAUCUGUUGAAUCUGGAAUUGUGAAUAGUGACAAUAUUGAGAAAAAUACUGACUCCAAUCUGCAAACUUCAACUUCAUUUGAGCCACAUUUCAAAAAGAAAAAAGUAAGUGCAAGACGUUAUAAUGAAGAUUACUUAAAAUAUGGCUUUAUCAAAUGUGAAAAACCCUUUGAAAAUGACAGACCUCAGUGUGUUAUUUGUAAUAAUAUUCUUGCGAAUGAAAGCUUAAAACCUUCGAAAUUAAAAAGGCACUUAGAAACUCAGCAUGCUGAACUUAUUGAUAAGCCUCUUGAAUAUUUUCAAAGAAAGAAAAAAGACAUAAAGUUAUCAACACAAUUUCUUAGUUGUUCUACUACUGUUAGUGAGAAAGCCUUAUUAUCAUCAUAUUUAGUUGCAUAUCGUGUGGCAAAAGAGAAAAUAGCUAACACAGCUGCUGAAAAAAUUAUUCUUCCAGCAUGUUUGGAUAUGGUGCGUACGAUAUUUGAUGAUAAAUCAGCUGAUAGAUUAAAAACUAUACCUAAUGAUAACACAGUAUCUCUUCGAAUUUGUACUAUUGCAGAACAUUUAGAAACAAUGCUUAUUACUCGUUUACAGUCUGGUAUAGAUUUUGCAAUCCAGCUUGAUGAAAGCACUGAUAUUGGAAGCUGCACAACACUUUUAGUGUAUGUCAGAUAUGCGUGGCAAGACGAUUUUAUGGAGGAUUUUUUGUGUUUUUUAAAUUUAACCUCACACCUAAGUGAAUUAGAUAUUUUUACAGAAUUAGAAAGGUGCAUAGUUGGCCAAUAUAAAUUAAACUGGAAAAACUGUAAAGGAAUUACAAGUGAUGGCACAGCAACCAUAACUGGAAAACAUAGCAGAGUAAUUAAAAAAUUACUAGAAGUUACUAAUAAUGGUGCUGUGUGGAAUCAUUGUUUUAUAUAUCGUGAAGGUUUAGCAUCCAGAGAAAUUCCACAGAAUCUCAUGGAAGUAUUGAAAAAUGCAGUGAAAGUUGUUAAUUUUAUUAAAGGAAGCUCAUUGAAUAGCCAGCUUCUUGAAACAUUUUGUUCAGAGAUUGGAACUAAUCAUACCCACUUACUAUAUCAUACCAAAGUUCGUUGGUUGUCUCAAGGGAAAAUACUAAGCAGGGUUUAUGAGCUCAGGAAUGAGAUUCACUUUUUUCUCAUUGAAAAAAAAUCUCAUUUGGCAAAUAUUUUUGAAGAUGAUACUUGGGUAACAAAAUUGGCAUAUUUAACUGAUAUCUUUAGCAUUCUUAAUGAACUGAGUUUAAAACUACAGGGGAAAAACAGUGAUGUAUUCCAACAUGUUGAACGUAUCCAGGGAUUUCGAAAGACAUUAUUAUUAUGGCAAGUAAGACUUAAAAGUAAUCAUCCUAGUUAUUACAUGUUUCCAAGAUUUUUGCAACAUAUUGAAGAGAAUAUUAUUAAUGAAAACAUUUUGAAAGAAAUAAAAUUAGAGAUACUGUUGCAUCUCACUUCUCUGUCUCAAACUUUUAACCAUUUCUUUCCAGAAGAAAAAUUUGAAACAUUAAGGGAAAACAGUUGGGUAAAAGAUCCAUUUGCUUUUCGAAACCCGGAAUCAGUAAUUGAGUUAAACUUGGUGCCUGAAGAAGAGAAUGAAUUAUUGCAGCUUAGUUCUUCAUAUACAUUGAAGAAUGAUUAUGAGACCUUAAGUUUAUCAGCAUUUUGGAUGAAGGUAAAGGAAGACUUUCCAUUGUUAAGUAGAAAGAGUGUCCUGCUAUUACUACCAUUCACAACAACUAGUUUGUGUGAACUAGGGUUUUCCACCUUAACCCAGUUAAAAACAAAGGAAAGAAAUGGGCUGAAUUGUGCAGCAGCUAUGCGGGUAGCAUUAUCUUCCUGUGUUCCAGACUGGAAUGAACUUAUGAACAGGCAAGCACACCCAUCAUAGUAAAUAAAAAUCUUACCUAGUUUUUGUUUUUGUAUUUCUUAUUUUGUAGUAUUUUCUAUGUUAUAUUUAAAUGGUACUGUAACAUUGUGAUACUUUUGUUAUGUUUUAAUUUUUGUUAUAUUUAAUAAAAUUAUUUUAUGUUCAUUGAACAAAAAUUUAAUGAAUUUCUGUUAGAGGCCAGGAAUUAUUCCAGAGACAUUUGGGAUACAAAAGUGAGCAAAACAGAUAAUUCCCUAGUAGAGUUUAUAUCCUGGCAAGGAUAAAUUGACAAUAAACCUAAUAAAUAAGCUUUAUAAUAUUUAGAAGCUAUUAAGUGCUAUGGAAAGAGUAGUAAGAAGGAAGGUCAGGGAAGUACUGGGGAACCAAACCAUGAAGGUUUCUGUAGACCAUUAUUGGGCCUCUGGCUUUUGUCAGUGGACUAGAGAACAGUUGAAGGGUUUAAGCGAAGGAGAGAAAUGAUCUGAGCUAGGUUUUAAAAGACACUCUGGUCACUAUUUUAAAUUCUUAGGGUAAGUGUGAAUUAAAUGUUACUUUCCCCUCACUGGGCAUGGUGGCUCAGACCUGUAAUCCCAGCACUUUGGCAGGCCAUGGCAGAAGGAUCUGUUGAGCCCGGCAGUUCAAGACCAUCCUGGACAACAUAGUGAGACCUUGUUUCUACUAAAAAUGUUUUUAAAAUAAGCCAGUUGUGGUGGUACACACCUGUAGUCCCAGCUACUCAGGAGGCUGUAGCAGGAGGGUGGCUUGAGCUCAGGAGUUUGAAGUUGCAGUCAUCUGUGAUUGCACCACUGCAGUCUACCUGGGCAACAGAGUGAAACCCUGUCUCAAAAAACUUAAAUGUUACUUCCCUAAAAAAAAAACCUUUUCUAACCACCCUAGGGUAAAUCUUCCAUUAUUCCUUUAUUUCUUUGUUUUCCUUGUAGUAUAUAAUUUGUAAUAAUUUUGAUUACUGAUUGUCAUUCUGCCACCCUGGAGUAUAUAAUUUUUAAUUAUCUGAUUACUAUUAUUCUUCCAUAGUAGAGGAGAUGAUGUCCAUUUGCCUGAUACAUAGUAUGUAUUCAGUAUACAUUUGCUAAAGAAUAAAUGAAUCAAUAAUACCUAACAUCUCUAAUUUGCAGUCAUUCCCAAGAGUAAUUAUUAAAUAUGUGGCAAAUUUCUUUGCCUUUUUUACUUUUAAAAAUCUAAUUUUGACAUAACUUCUGUAACCAUCCAGAAACGGCAUUGAUGUUGCUUCUUCACGUUGUUGCUGAUGCUUAAGCAAUGUAUAUUGUGUAAUAUACAAUAUAGUCUUCAAACUAAUUUCAACUUCUGCAUCUCUGUGUACUCCCUUAUCCCACUGGGUGAUAUUACUUGGCAUGGUCAUUCUCAUUAAAACCAUACAGGGUAGCAAUUCCUUUCCAUCUGCUACCAUGCCUAGCCUUAUUUAAUUUUUCAGAUUUUCUGUUCUAUUGAAGGUAAUUGAUUUUUUCUUUUUUUUUGAUGCUUGAAAUAAAGUGUUGAAAAACAA